CAACUCCUACACACACAAGUACUUAUCAAGAGACGCGGACCGAAUGCCUCCUCCCAGCGGACCAUCAUGGACCUUGCAACUGCUCUCGUGCUUCCUGCUGGCUGCAAAUGCCUCGACCUUCAAUAUCCAAGCCGACAGCGCCCUUGUGAUCAAGGGAGAAGCAGGGUCCAAGUUUGGCUUCGAAGUCGCUUUCUGGACGCAACAGAUGGAGAACAAGUUGGUUAUCGGGGCACCUGAUGACCUCGAAGGCAAAGGUCGGGUCUUCAUCUACAAGCAAGAGGGAAGUUUAGUAAAGAGGUUAAGGAACAUUACUUUUAUUCCACGGUUUGGAGAUCCUGAAUCGGUGGACAUGAAAUAUGGCGUCGGGUUUGGGACUAAGAUUGCAGCGGGUGUGACAGAUAGCGGCCCUCUCUUGAUUUGCGCUCCUCGAACUACUUUCGUUUACAAGCGAGGAACAGCAGAGUCUCGCGUGCCUUUAGGAGAGUGCUUGCUGAUCCAUGUCAAUGACUUCAAAGGCGAGCAUGUUAGUCCUAAGAGUGCUUUUGAAGAGCUUUCAGAUGCUAUUCAGUACUGUGGUUUCAGCGCUGUGUUUGGAAAGAAUGAUUCAGCUGUUUUCCUCGGGUGCCCCAGUAUUAUGAAGGAAAAUCAAAGUUACAUGCUUGAGUACCACUUGCAUCAGCGGGAGUGGGCGAAGAAGAACAUGACGGAGGCGUGCGAGAGGUGUACCCAGGGCGGCUGGGGACUCGCGGAUGGCACUUGGCUAUCGAAAGGGAAAAGGGGACUGGUAGCUGCCUGUGGUAACUUCGGAAAGAUCGUCCGCCUCGACGAAGCCAUGAAUCUCGAAAUGAGGCUUCAAGAACGAGCCACCUCUCGCCUCGGGGAGAUGGCCGGUUCCUCCCUCACUGCCUGCGACGUAAAUGGCGACGGGCGGGAUGAGGUGGUGGUGGCAGCUCCCUUCGGCCGAGUCCCAGACACCCUCGGGGGCUAUAAGGAAGUGGGCAGGGUCACCGUCCUUGGAUUUAAGAAUUACAACCUCACACUCCACGGCCAGUCUGCAUUUGGUAGAUUCGGUAGCAGCGUCGCCUGUUUGGGAGAUAUCAACAAUGACUCCUUCAGCGACCUAGGCGUCGGCGCGUCCGAACACCCUGGCGGCGGCGCAGUCUUCGUCUUUCUUGGCUCGUCCAAAGGCCUUGUUCGUUUUCCAUCUCAGAUCCUUCAUGCCCCUCCGAAUGUCACUGGCUUUGGCUUCAGCUUAGCCGGCGGUCGGGACAUCGACGGGAACGGAUAUCCGGACGUGCUGGUCGGGGCGCCGCUGUCCGAUUCCGCUGUCACGUUUAAAGCCGCCCCGGUGCCAAAGCUGCGCGUGGAGACCUUUCGCUUCGAACCGCCCGUCGUCGACCUUCGUCAGAAGGACUGCGACGUCUUCGGAGAGAGAAAAAACUGUUUCCGUCUCCUGCUGGAGGUUCGCGACGAAGGAAGACCUCGAGAUAACGGCUUCAAGUUACGUGUGAAGAUUGAUCUUGAUUCGGGUAAAAGAAGAAAACGGAUUUUCUUCAAUGACACUAGAUCUCCCGUCGCCGAUAUGUUUCUCGAAGUGUGGCCUGGAACGCAAAUGCAUGAGUUUGGUGUCUAUGCUGAGGAUUUAGCAAAAGAGAAGGACGCUAUACCAGGGCCCGUGGCCAAGGUGAACAUAUCGCUGGCACCUCUCAGCCCCGUAUCAAAAGGAGGUAUCACACCUGUAAUUGAAAUGCCUAUUACAAACAACGCUUCACUGAGUCUCCAGUGUGGUAAUGAUACGAGUAACUGCGUCGCUGUUACUGAUAUUUCCCUCUCUGCUGAUGUGGGAGAAAUCAACUUCACAGUCGGUGAGGAAUACGUCCAUGUCGAAUUCAACAUAACAGUGAAAGGAGACAUUGCCUACUACCCUUACAUUAACGUCAUGGAAACACUGGGUAUCAAAGUGCAAAUGGGGAUGUCUUAUACCACGCCGAUUUCGCUGGACUGCUACACGGGACACCGCUGUAGCUUCACCACGACGAGGAUUAGGCCGGGAAAUGAGAUGAUGAUGCUGAGGUUUCGACAGGACGUGCAACAACUCCUAAAUUUCAUGAACCAGACCUCGAGUGAGCCUCUUAGCAUUACCUGCGAGAUGGCGGUCCAGUGCGUCAACGACAAAAAUGCUUCCAAUGAUUUUUUGACCUUCAAGAUGUUCCCGCAGCUUCGUCCUGCUCUGUCUCUGGUUGGAGAGAGUGACGUUGAAUCCAUAAUCAUCAAAGAAGCGGACGGAAAAGCAGAGGCCAGAGAGGAGAAAAUAAGUUUCAUUAAUGGCAACAGCACAGUAACACAUACGUACACAUUGAGAAACGUCGGCCUCUUUUCUCUCCAGGAAAUUGCUAUAAACUGUUCGAGCAAGAUCACCGGAAUACAGGACACCAACCCAGCUCAGGACUUUCUCUCCUUCGAUGAUCCGACUGUCGUGCUUGGUGAAAACAGUUAUCAAGUAUUCGAUUUGCCCGCUGAAAAGAAAAUGGAGAUCAUCUUAAAAUUUCAAAGCAAGAAAUAUAACCUACAGCACGGAAUGAACCUGACCUCCACCUGCCAAGCCGAAAUCAUCUCACCCUCUGGAGCCUCCGUAGCGAGCGAUGUCAGUGACUUACACCAAACUGUGACCUUGGUAACUAAUGUCAUCCUCAUAGUGAGAGAGAGCAACGCGGGACCUGCAGCCUGGGUCAUCGUUUUAGCUGUGCUGGGAGCCUGUUUACUCCUGGCGCUACAGGUGCUGGUGUUGUACAAGCUUGGAUUCUUCAAGCGAAAGUUGCCGCCAGGGCCACCACAAGGAAACCCCGAACCCAAACCAGGAACUGAGAGCGAAGUACAGGAAAUAUCAUAGCAAGGCAAGAAACAAAACUCUCCCCACUGUAGGCCUAGUUACGGACGUCAAAUUGCACGGGAACGUGUAACAGUUGUUUCUGUCCUCUAGCUCUCUAAACUGCUCUUGCAAACGUCUAACAAUUCCUUUUGUCUUCUUUUAUUGACUUUUAUUGGUUAGGUUACCAUUGCUACAUUCAAUGAAUUCUCUUACUAACUUUGAUUUUUUAUUUUGAUUAUUUAUGAUGUCACUAUAUAUGUGUGUGUGUGUGUGUGUAAGAUAUGUGCACCCACACAUAUCUUACAGCUUGCUUCAACUGACACCGCAAACGUAUCAUUGUCCUCCAGCAUGUUCCAGGUAUAUGGUAAAACGUUAAACACCUACUCCAAACCCCCCUUAACUGCCAUACAAAUGUCUAACAGCUGCCUUUGUUCUCCAGACCCCUCUGUCCGCAUAAACGUCUAACAGCCACGUUGUAUUAAGCCGCUCCUUGGAUACCAAUGUGUUCACAUUUUUAUAUUGUAUUAUGUGCUGCACUUUUACCAACUUUGUUCACUUUUAGACUAUCUUUCCCUUUGCCUUUGCACAUUCCUUGUCUAUCUUGUUCAUUUUUUCUAUUGUGUUAGUCAGUAUUUUUAUUCACAUUUUAUUCCUAGUCAUCUUGUUCGAAAUAAAUUGUAUGACAGGAUGUGUUCUUUUAGCUCACGGUAGGUUUUACAGGCGUCUACACACAGGUGUUAAAACAGAUAAACGCCUUGACUGUGUUAUUUCAUCUGCUUACACAGUCUCGAAGAGGGUAUACGUGAUUGGCCGUAAUUGCGAAAGAUUGUGUGUGUGUGUGUGUGUGUGUGUGUGUGUGUGUGUGUGUGUGUGUGUGUCUGUGUGUAUGUGCGCGCACGCGCGCGCGCGCGUGUGUGUGUGUGUGUGUGUGUGUGUGUGUGUGUGUGUGUGUGUGUGUGUGCGUGCGUGCGUGCAUGCGUGUGUGUGUGUGGGUGUGGGUGUGCAUUUAUGUAUACGUCCUUCCAUACCACGGAGAUCUAUUCUAUCUUUCUAACCCAUGCGACAGUAAUACCGGAUGUCCUGUUUCUUCAUGGGCGGAUAUGUCGCCGCUCUUCCAUUCAGAAUAUAUAUAUUUAUACAUAUACAUAUUCGUGUAUGUGUGUUUUAUAGUUUGUGUAUGCAUGUAUAUAUGUAUGUAUAUAUAUAUGCAAAUUUAUACAUAUAUAGAUAUUAGAUAAUUAUGUGGGGGUGUAUAUUGUGUGUGUGUGUGUAUGAAUGUAUGUACGUAGAGGCAAAUACACACAUUCAUUUGUAUAUAUAUAUAUAUAUAUAUAUAUAUACUCAUUACGAAAUCAGAAACACCUCUAGAAUUGACAGACCAAAUUGUAUUUUACAAAAUAUAUUUAUGUCCUUUUAGUUCUUGAAGCUGCUGAUGUUAUAGUAACAGAUCUUAGAACUUGGCUCUAGGAAUUGGAUUGUGUCAGAUUGAAGAAUCGUUUCAGGACAUUUCAGACUGUAUCCAUAUUCAGUUUUUAGAGUAGUAUUUACGUUUUGUUGCACUUCAGCAAUAUGAAAAUGUAUAUUAUCUGCUACACAUUAGUCAGAUUAGGUUUCGAAGAUAUAUUUCAUUCGCUUUGAUUUAGAUGUAUACAUCGUGUAUACAUGUGUAUCUAUGAACAUGUAUCUUACAUAAUAAAAGCUUGCAGACA